AUGACCGGCGAACAUCAAGCGACCCAAGAGAUGGAUGUCCGAACCGACAUGCGAGAAGAUGAGGCCAAUGUCUUUCACGCUCUGUUACAUCCUGACGAUCUCUACAAUGCCAACGGAACUUACUGGGCUGAUCUGCCUCUUGGCCAACGAGUCAAGUUCAUUGGACAAGUCGACUCUCAAGAGGCCAAAUCAGAGGCCAGCCACUUCUGGAAGAUGUUCAAGAAUGACCCGCUCGCUCCCAUCGGUCACUACUUUCGUACUUGCGUAAUCCCGGGUGCUGGUCUUGGUCUGGAAGGUUACGUUCUCUUCUCCAUUGGUAACGUCAGGCCACUUCUUCAGGAUGCCUUCCCUCGGUGCUGGGGUAAGAAUCCCGUGGAUUGCGAUGAUACGUGGCUGAAAGCUAUCGACUACCUCGAGAUCUGCGGUAUCAUAGUUGGUCAAAUUCUUGUUGGUGUUAUUGGUGACUGGCUUGGUCGCCGCUUUGGUCUCAUUCAGGAUGCCACCAUCAUGUUCAUUGGUCUGAUCAUGCUCACUGCUGCUUGGGGUAUCACCCAAAACGGCUGGGUCAUCUGCUAUGUCUGGGCUCUUUUCUUCUACGGUAUCGGUGUAGGAGGCGAAUACCCCAUGACUGCAACAGCUGGUAUGGAGAAUGCCGUCGGCUCUGGAAAGGUUUCCACCAAGGACGACCGUCUGCACCGUGGCCGCAAAGUCACCAGUGCUUUCCUGAUGCAAGGCUGGGGACAGUUCUUCAACCAGGUCAUCCUCAUCAUCUUGCUCCUGAUCUUCCACGGCGGCUCAGCCCCGCCAUACUCGAAGACUGUGGCACAGUGGACCUACCGUGUUUCUUUCGCUAUCCCCGCUGUCGGAACCCUUUGGCUGGUUUACUUCCGUUACUUCAAGAUGAAGUCUGCUUCCAAGCAGCUCAUGCUUUCUAAGAAGAAGACCAACGUCACCGGUUACGAUGUGCAGUCACUGAAGCUCACAUUCACCUACUUCGGACCUCGUCUGAUCGCGACGGCCGGUGCUUGGUUUGCCAACGAUGUCUUCUUCUACGGUAACAAGCUCUUCCAGAACGAGUUCAUUGCCAUCAUUACACCUGGCAACAAAUCCGUCAUGGUUGGCUGGUUGUACAACCUCAUCAACGUCGGAGUUUCGCUAUGCGGUUACUACCUUGCGUCCCUUCUCAUCGACAACAAGCUUUACGGCCGCAAGUGGAUGAUGAUAGUCGGUUUCUUGGCCGACUUUGUUCUCUUCAUUGUGCCUGCUUUCAAUCUCGAAUUCUUCACAUCGCUUGAAAACAUCCACGCUUUCCAGGCCAUGUACUUUCUUUCCUCGUUCUUCAACCAAUUCGGUCCCAACAGUGUCACUUUCCUUGUGGCCGCCGAGGUCUUCCCCACGCCUGUUCGCGCUACUGCCCAUGGCUUCAGCGCGGCUUGCGGUAAGGCUGGUGCAUUGCUCGCUGCCGUCCUCUACAACUACAUUGACACACAGACCAAGUUCUACUUUGUCCCCUGGUUCGGUCUUGCUGGCGCCCUGCUUACCCUCAUCUUCCUCCCCGACACCACGGGUCUUGAUCUCAAGGAACAAGAGCGUCGCUGGGCAUACAUCCGCGCCGGAAAGGAGCACGAAUACCACGGCAUUGCCAUCCACUGGAAGCACCUGUCCUGGUGGGAGCGAUUCCGUGGCCAGCACAAUGGCUACGACGCCAAGCUCGACUACGAGCAAAAGAUUACCGAGAUGCGGGCCGAAUGGGUCGAACGCCAACAGCACAAGUUCUCGGAGAAGAAUGGUUGGGAAGGCGCAGAGGCGGACGAGGACGACCACAUUGAUGUGCACAACUACUUCAAGCGCACUACUGCUGGAUCACCAAAGGAUCAUGAGGCCUUGAUGCAGCCAAAUGACAAGUCUGAGAGUAGUUCUUCAUCAGAUGACAUUGUCCGAGAAAAAGACGUUCGAGAGAAGGAUCAGCUCUAGAUUUUGAGCUACCCAUGGGGUGGUGGUGCAUAGGAACAUGGACUGCCCCCUUCCUUCUUCUUGUUCUUAGCGUUUUCUCCUUCUUUUCUCAUGCAUUAUACCGGCGUUGUUCUCACCUCACUAUGCGCACACGCUCGAGGCUGUAGUAUGUACAUAUCCAUAAUCGAAAUGACAUGACAUGACCGUGACA